AUGUGCCAUAAAGUGUUUCCAGUGAGCAGGCUCAGGGAGAUAAAUCGGCGGAGCGUGUCGAGGCAAAGGGCGUACAUUUUAGUUUGAAUUUGAUGCCAUAAAGUGUUUCCAGUGAGCAGGCUCAGGGAGAUAAAUCGGCGGAGUGUGUCGAGGCAAAGGGCGUACAUUUUAGUUUGAAUUCGAUGUACCGUAUUUAUUCGACUAUUAGCCGAGGGAUUUUUACACAAAUUAAAACUGAAGUGAAUUAAAAUUAGGGCUCUAGAGGGGGUCUCGGCUUAUAGCCAAAAGUUUUUGAAAAAAAAAAAUUUCCAGCGCAUGGAAACUCUACUAAAUCGAGAUGUAUUUACGUAUAAGCCAAGCUAAAGUAAAGAAACAAUAUGCAAUCAUUGGUUAUUAACUUUUAAGAAUGUGGUAGCUCCUAAAGGAGCCGUUUGUUAAAUUUAAUGUGUUUUCACAGAGAAGGUAAAGAUUCUUGAUAGGGAAUAACCGUGACGCUGACGGGAUGUGAUUACAAAUCGAUGGAACUUGACUGUCUGCUGCUCCAGAUCUUCUGGGAGACGCUGAGUGAGUGUUGUUUUAGUGCGAAGGCUGACAGAAUGGCGGCGCUUCCAUUUCUGGUACCAGCCAAGGGACGCUUUAAACUCAGGAUACUCGCUAAAUUCCUUUUCCUUUAGACAUAGCAUCAAUCCGCUAACAGCUAUUCCUAUGCAAAACGAAGUGAGAAGGUUACCAAACGAUCGAAAGGUUAAAAAUUUGACACGUCUUGAAUUUGUUUUGACAUUUGUGAAAACUGGCCAAUGAGAAUCUUUCAUACACAAUGUUGUCACAUGAUACUACGAUNAAAAUUUCCAGCGCAUGGAAACUCUACUAAAUCGAGAUGUAUUUACGUAUAAGCCAAGCUAAAGUAAAGAAACAAUAUGCAAUCAUUGGUUAUUAACUUUUAAGAAUGUGGUAGCUCCUAAAGGAGCCGUUUGUUAAAUUUAAUGUGUUUUCACAGAGAAGGUAAAGAUUCUUGAUAGGGAAUAACCGUGACGCUGACGGGAUGUGAUUACAAAUCGAUGGAACUUGACUGUCUGCUGCUCCAGAUCUUCUGGGAGACGCUGAGUGAGUGUUGUUUUAGUGCGAAGGCUGACAGAAUGGCGGCGCUUCCAUUUCUGGUACCAGCCAAGGGACGCUUUAAACUCAGGAUACUCGCUAAAUUCCUUUUCCUUUAGACAUAGCAUCAAUCCGCUAACAGCUAUUCCUAUGCAAAACGAAGUGAGAAGGUUACCAAACGAUCGAAAGGUUAAAAAUUUGACACGUCUUGAAUUUGUUUUGACAUUUGUGAAAACUGGCCAAUGAGAAUCUUUCAUACACAAUGUUGUCACAUGAUACUACGAUAGUUUUGAGAGUCACACAUUCAACUCAUAUUCACUCUGCAAUCAGCUGAUUGAUUUAUUUCGUGAUUUUGUUUCUGGUGUUUUAAAAUACAAAAUCAAUGCUCGACAAAAAGCUUACCUUGGCUUCUCUGCUCUGUAAACCAUUCCAGUAUUCUUUGAUUGAGCCCCGGAUACUUCGGCAUGAAGCAUCCCAUCGUCUUCCAUUUUGCUGACAAUUUAAUCUCGCGGUUAAAAGGGUUCGCUUGAUCUUUCCUCCAGCGACGGACCAUGGACUCACUGAUGCCAUAUUCCCUGGCGAUUUCAGAGUUAUUUUCAAAAGCUUCUACUUCAGCGACUAUUUUAAGUUUAAUCGCGAGGUUGUAUGACGUGCGACGAGCCUUGGGCAUGAUGACAACUUGACUUGAAAUAAGCGAUUGCGAACACGAGAUUGUUUGAUAGACGCUACGGAUGUCUAGGUACUGGUGAUGCCGCUUAACAACACAGUUUUAAAUUCAUUUUUUGGAUCACAUUAAUUCAUCUGAGUUAUGAUUCAUUGCUUUUCAUGUUUUCUAAGAGGGAAGCUUUUUGCAUAAUAAAUCACCAUUGCAUCUCUUGUAUACGUGCGUGUGUGUUAUCGUCUAAGCCUCAUUUAUGACAAUCAAUGUGAUUUUUUCCCGAAAAUGUUAGGUUUUCCCGUAGUUAACAAUUCAGUCUUGUAAUAAUGAAUGGAUCUUGGCUUAUAGCCGGGUGUUUUUUAUUUAUUUUUGGUUCUCGUUAUGCUGAGUCUACACGUUCAAAGUUUGGGGUCUCGGGUUAUAGCCGCGAUCGUUUUAUAGUCAAAUAAAUACGGUACAUUAAAACUCCCUUCCCAGAGCGGGAGUGUGAAGAUAUCACGGGUUGUUGAUGGCUUUUUUAAUCCCAGAAGAAAUUACAUAUUUCGGUUUUGAGGUCAGUUAUAGCCGGGGGGGGGGGGGGGUUGCCUGAGGUUAAGGGUUAAAAGGGGGGGCGGGUCGGGGGGCCAUUAUUUAAAAGGGCUUUGCCUUUAAAGCAGGUUCGGGGGGUUUCCAUGUGGGGAAAGUAUUUAAUUGGGAAGGGCGUGGGUAGGGGAAAAGGGUAGAAUCUCGGUGGCAGCGGGUACAAUAAAAAAAAUAGCCGGGGGGGGGGGAGGUUGACUGACGUUACAGUGUACAAGAGAGUGCAGGUCAGGAGGCCAUUAAUUACAAGAGCUUUGCCUUUAAAGCUAGUUCGUGCGGUUUCCAUGUGGUGAUAGUAUUUCUGAGGGAUUGGAGUUGCCAGUCGAUAUUAAGAUGGGUACAGUCGACAUUGCCGAAAAAUGUCGCGAGGAUUUUUUCCGGAAUAUAGGUGUUGUACCAGUCGAAAUUAGGGAGUUGAUUGGUAUGGUAUUUAAGCGAUCCGGACCAGAGUCCUUUUCAUUUUGGUGCCGGAGGCCGCUUUGUAGAGCAAUAGGGUGUCAAAGGUUUCCUGUAUGGAGACGUCGUCACCCAAGGUGAAUGUAGUGUUGUCAGCGUAUUAUGACAGUUUGACUUGAACGCGUGAGCCAGGGUCUGUGAUGCCUUAUAUUUGGGGGUUAGAGGGUAUUCGGAGAGCAAGAGUUUCAGCCGUGAGAACGUAUAGCGGCAUAGAUAACGCGCAGCCUUGGCGUAGGCCUCUCGAGAUUGAUAAAGGAUGUUAACCAUCCAUUAACUUAAACGGAACUUGAGACAGAGUUAUAGAUAAGCUUUAUCCAGCGGAUAAAGUUUGGUCCAAAACCGAAGUGUUUGAGGGUUGAGAAGAGGAAAGAGUGUGAUGUACGGUCGAAGGUUUUCAUUUGGUCAAUGGAAAUUAGGGCCAGCAGUGUGUGUUUCAUUUGCAUAGCAGAUUACAUCGCAGAUUAAGCUGAGGUUGUCUUUAAUAUUGUUCUGCCAGGGAUGCAGGCGGUUUGGUCCGAGUUAAUUAUUGUCGGCAAUACAGUUGUGGGGUGAGUAGCGAGUGCUUCAGUAAGAAUCUGGUAAUCAGUGGUAAGGAGAGUAAUCAGUCACCAAUUUUGAAGUUUAGUGCAGUCUCCUUUUUUAAACUCAAGGUAAUCUCUUAAGGUAAUUAUUCCUCACCAUUGCGUCCGGGUUAACAGACUGUGUUUAAAGUAAUGGCUGAAAACUUGCGUGAUUUCUGGGCCGAGAAUAGGCCAGAAGUGUUUAUAAAAGUUUGAUGUUAGGCUGUUAAUGCCCGGUGAUUUAUCAUUUUCCAUCUUUUUCAGAGCUCUUUCAAGUUAAGGGGCUGA